CAUUCUCUGCAAGAUCAUUCAUUCCCAGUUUUUCAAAAGCAGAAUUCAAGUGUAAAGAAACCCAAUAGAUCGGAAACCAUGGACCUGAAUCAUUUGCUACACAAUCCCAUCAUCCUUUCCGUCCUCUUAAUCACAAUUCCCCUGUUUUUCCUUCUCAAAAUUCGAAGGCAACCCAACAAGAAGCUCAACCUCCCACCAGCCCCGCCGGCGCUCCCACUGAUCGGAAACCUCCACCAGGUCGGCGCCGUACCGUACCGCAACCUGAAACAUCUCGCCGACAAGUACGGCUCCCUCAUGCUCCUCCGCUUCGGCGCCGUCCCGACCCUCGUCGUCUCCUCUGCCCAGGCGGCAGAGGAGAUCACCCGCGACCACGACGUCGUUUUCGCCGACCGACCCCGGCUCACCGUCGCCAACGUCUUCUUCUUCGGCUGGAGCGACCUGGCCUUCUGCCCCUACGGCGAGUACUGGCGCCAGGUCAAGAAGAUCUGCGUCCUCGAGCUCCUCAGCCAGAAGCGGGUUCAGGGGUUCGACUUCGUCAGGGAGGAAGAGACCGACAAAUUGAUCGCCGAGAUCUCCGCCGCCGGCCGGAAAGGCGAGGCGGUGGACCUCAGCGAGUCCCUGGUCUCGAUCUCGAACAACAUCGUGUCGAGAUCGGCGCUGGGUAGGACUUAUACGAAGAGCGAGGACGGGGAAUUGAGUUCAGGGGAUUUGGUGAGGACUUCUCUGGCGCUGGUGGGAGGAUUCUGUUUCAAGGAUUUCUUCCCCUUUCUAGGGUUUGUGGAUACAUUGAGAGGGUUCAAUGCAAGAGUGAGGAAAGCUUCGAAGGCGCUUCAUGAUUUCUUGGACAGAGUGAUUGAAGAGCAUGAGAAGGCGAACCUGCAGGGGAACAAGAGUAACGUCGGGUCGGCUGAUCGGAAGGACAUCAUCGACAUUCUUCUCCAGUUGGAAAGGGAAGGGAAGCUAGGGAUCAAUCUCACUCGGGAGAACAUGAAAGCCGUUGUCAUGGAUAUGUUCAUAGGUGGAACUGACACAACCGCGUCUUCCAUGGACUGGGCAAUGGCGGAGAUGAUAAAGAACCCGACCAUCUUAAAGAAAGCUCAGGAAGAGGUAAGAAAGGUGGUGGGGAAGAAACCUAAAGUGGAAGAGAGCGACCUGGACCAAAUGAGCUACCUGAGAUGUGUGAUCAAGGAGACGUUGAGGCUUCAUGUGUCGGGGAUCAUCCCACGACAGACCACGAGCGAUGUAAAGAUCGACGGGUACGAUAUUCCGGCAAACACGAGGGUGUUCAUCAACACAUGGGCGAUCCAGAGGGAUCCGAAGCAGUGGGAGAGGCCCGAGGAGUUCGAUCCGGAGAGAUUUGUGGGGAGUGAGCUGGAUUUCAGAGGACAACACAAGGAGUACCUUCCGUUCGGUACAGGAAGGAGGAUAUGUCCUGGAAUUUCUUAUGCGCUGAGGGAGGUCGAGUACGUGGUCGCCAAUCUACUCUACUUGUUCGAUUGGAGACUGCCGGGGGGAGCUCGAGGCCAGGAUAUGGAUAUGACUGAUAACUAUGAUAUGGUCAUUCGCAGGAAAAUGCCUCUUGUUGUUGUUCCCACCCUCCAUAACUGAGGUUUAAUCACUAUGAUUCUUGCAGGUUUGUAUGUUUUUUCGUUUAUUUGUUAAUGAAUUUCAGCCCUAGCUAUCUCAUGGUGUAAAAAUACUAUGAAUAAGAAAAAUAACGAAGGCUCCAUUUUCUAGUUGUAUGAUUUUGUUAUUGAAUUUCAACCCUAGCUAUCUCAUUGUAUCGACAGGUUGUAUCAGUUGAAUAGAAUGCUAA